AAAGAAGAAGAAGAAGCUUUUCAAGCUUUUGCCUCCAUUUUCCCCAGAAACUUCGCGGUGCGCAUCCCUGGCAAGCGCCAUGCAGCGCCUUAGAAGCUCAGGGACCGUACUUUCGUGGUCGCAAGCCAUAACCCAGUUGAGGAAGAAAGCUUUCAGAUCAUGGGCUGCCGUUCAGGACACUUUUUUUUCCACAAAGGAUAUAUUUGAAAGCCAUAAGGUUGUAUUUACAGUUGGAACUUCUAUUGCAUCAGUCGCCACAGCAUGGUUUGGAUAUACUUUACGCCAUGUACAUGAAUCAAGAGUUGAUCAAAGGCUCGAAUCAAUUGAAAAAGCUAUGAAAAACAAUCAUAAUCUAGAGCAGUCGGAAAUUAGAAGCAUCAUGGAUUCUGGAACUAUAGGUCUUCCUUCAUGCAUAGCCACUGCGGGAACCACUUUAGUUAUCGGCUACGCUUUGGGUUGGCGAGGUGGAAGGUGGUAUGCAAAUAGGAAGUUCAGAAGGGAGCAGAUGAAAUUGCUAGGGCAAAUUAAACCGAAAAGGUGGCCACUGCUUAGGCGGAUAGAACCUAAAGCGUGGCAAUUCCAAUUUCUCAGAAGACCGCUAACCAGACCAAGAACACAAGAUAAUCAUGUCAAAACAUCGGAAAAAAGAUAAAGGGCACUCGUACCCCACACGGUUUGGAGAAUCCCAUCUCUCUUUUUAGCAAGCAAGCUUCGUGACAGGUUUUUGUUUGCUGAGAAAUCCCGAAGGAAAACAGAUUGUUGAUAUAAUUUUAUACCAAGGUUUUUUGUACUGGUAUUUAUUUGGACGGGAAAAAUGAAAUUAUCAUAAUCGUAAGAAGGAAUUGGAUUCAUCAUUGUCCUUCGUAUUGUGACUCA